GUGAUUCUCGGCUCUUCCAUUCCCCACUUGGAAGAAAGAAACUCUCGUGUACUGCUGUAUAUUUAGUGAGUGGUGGAGAAUUUUGCCAAAAUGUUGCCCAAUGUAGUAGCAAGAACCGCCUGGUCAUCGCUUUCCGCUGUGCGAAGACUGGGUGUCCAAGAAAUCAGAGCAAACGUCCCCGCCGCUGAUAUUGCUUCGAAAUUGAGUCUUGCAAGGGUGGCCGAUAACUACCAAUGCCUCCAUACAUCUUCGACGACGGGGAAAGCAGAAGACAGGAAGGAAAUGAUGGCCUCCAUGCCGAAAAAGGACGAGGGCACCGAAGGAGAAGUGUCGGUGGACAUCGAUUCUGGCAUCAAAGGGUUUGGUGGAAUGUUUCCAGAUGAAAAUACCCCUGAUCUAUUGUUUGAUGGUGUUCGUUUCGCAGACCUUCCAAUUUUACAUGUGAAGAUUUCAAAAAAUAACACCAUAAUGGCUUUAACAGAUGCCAAAGGUGAGCUGAAGCUUGUCAGGUCAUGUGGUGUUGAAGGAUUCAAAAACUGUCGAAAGGGCACCAAUGUAGCAGCGCAAGCAACUGGCAUCAGUUUAGCCACAAGAGCUGUCGAUAAGGGUUUCAAGAACAUUCGUGUGAAGGUGAAGGGCCUUGGACCUGGGAGGAUGAGUGGAAUCAAAGGUGUCACAAUGGGAGGCCUCAAUGUUGUGAGCAUUACAGACAUGACAUUCAUUAAUUGGCUAAAUAACCCACGGCCUAAGAAGGCCAGGAAAUUGUAAAGUUGUCUGAAGAUCCUUAAAAUACGAUAAGUUUCCAACUUAUUCUUAGUUAUUUAUGUAAUUAAAUACCGGUCCCGAUCUAGGGAACUUCAUGUACUUGGUUUAAGUUAAGAUAUUUCUGUAUAGUUGGCCAGUUAUGAUUUUCUUUCUUAAUAAAACGCAGAUUGUUAUAA